AUGUGGUACUGGGAAUCAAACCCUUCAAAUUGUAUAUACUUCUGGGUUCUGACUAGUAUUGUAUGGUUUUUAUUGACAAGCAGAAAGUUAAAUGCAAUAGCUGCCAUGUGGCAACUUGUGUGUCAUUGAAGGUAAUUGUUACCAAAACUUUACAAUUGAGACAUGAGACUCCAAAAUUAUUGAAAUAUAUCAUUUUGGUCCUGCUAAAUCUUGGUAGUAAGAAGGAAUUUCCCAUUCAUACACCUUAGCAGUUUAGCAGGCAUGGUUGACCAUGGGAUAGUCCUCUUCAGGGCUAAGGCUUCAGCUCCUUAAUUAAUCCUUACUCCAGAAAGGACAUCUCCCAAACCUGAGAGUGCAAGUUUUGGGUACCCAAUCUGCAUUCAUGUCUUUUAUUUCUCAUAAUUGCUUUGUUUAUAGGUUCUAAUGCAACGGUGAAUCAAAGGAUUUCUCUUAGUUACUGAGUAUCAAGGAUCUUAGAAGGUAAUUUAGUAAAUGAUUUUUGCAGUGCAAAUUAGGCCUUUAUCUAUGUACAAUUUGUUGCUUUGUAACAAUUUAAUAUAUACUUUUAUUUCAUGUUCUUCAAGUUUAAUGUAUUGACAUUUUUGCAAAAUUGUGCAACUUCCUGGAUGGGACACACAACAGUGUUUAGAUGUGCACCUGCUGAGGUGAUAUAGGUAGUGUUCCACACUAGAUCAAUUUGUGGUUGCCAACAUGAGUUUUUUGCGUGCAAAGAGGCGUGGACUGCUCAUACUCUUUGGCAUCGGAGCUUGUGCUCUUGUUGUGGCACUAUUCAUAACUAGCAGUUCAGUUAGCUCUCCAAAGCCAGCCCUUAGUGAAAAUGAUCACAGCUCUCUCAAUGAAGGAAGUCAGGAAACAAUGAACGAACGGCACGGUAGUCGUCACAAGGCUUUUGAAGCAAGACUACUAGCCAAUGUCAACAAAACAAAAGAGGUUCAGAGCUCAAAACAGCAUGCCAGCCACAAUACUCUUGGUCGUGAACCUGUCGGUAUUAUAUUGGGAAAAAACUAUGCCUCUGCUUGGGAUCGAAAGCAUCGCGAACGCGCGCAAUCCUUACAGAAAGAAGUCAUUAAAAACAACGCCAUUUUUGACAAUCAACUGAGUCACAAACUUGUUCAUUUGGAUUUGAAAGGAGCGCCACCUAAAAUAAGCUAUCUACGAGUUCUGAUCCCGUAUAUGAAGGAGAUGGGCGCCACUGGCCUCCUUAUAGAGUAUGAAGACUCUUUUCCAUACUGGGGUCCUCUCGCAUCUCUUGCUGCGCGUAAUGCUUAUACCCGUAAAGAAAUUUCGGAAAUUCUCGCCAUUGCUAGGGGACUGCACAUGGAAGUGAUUCCUAUAAUUCAGUCAAUUGGACACAUGGAGAGUUUGCUAAAACUGAAGGAAUUCCAAGAUAUGAGGGAGGUUCCAAACUAUCCCCAGGUUAUCUGCCCAACAAACAACAGAACAAUACCUUUAAUCAAAUCUAUCAUUGAUCAAAUAACUGAGCUUCAUCCUGGCCUGAACUGGCUGCAUAUCGGCGCUGAUGAAGUCUUCAACAUGGGCGAGUGUAUGAGGUGCCAGGCUUUCAUGGUAGCCAAUGACUAUGGCAAGAGUGAAAUGUUCCUCUAUCACAUCGGAAAGAUAGCCAAGUAUGUAAAAGACGUGUACGACAUCCAGCCUAUCAUUUGGGAUGACGAGAUUCGUAAGGCCGCUGCAAGCACCAUAAAAAAGUCCGGCAUAAAAGAGUAUGUGGAGAUCAUGGUGUGGAAAUAUGAUCCAGGGAUCAUGGCUGACCUGAGGAUGGACGUUUGGGAAAAAUACAUUGAGUCUUUCGCGGGUGUUUGGAUAGCAAGCGCUUUCAAAGGUGCCUCCAACCCCGACUCCUUCAUCACCAAUAUUAGUGAGCGUCUCAACAACCACAAAGAGUGGAUGGAGCUAGUGGACAUGUACAAGAGCGUUAUCCCGUUCCGUGGCAUCACAUUGACGGGCUGGCAACGGUUCGAUCAUUUCUCGGUGUUGUGCGAAUUGUUGCCACAGGCAAUCCCUUCUCUGGCGGUCAACCUCAUGUACGUGACGCAGAGGCAGGCGGACCACACAGCCCUUAGCAAAGUCGGCCAGGCUCUCAACUGUAACUCUUAUCUCAACUUGGAUCUGAAGUACCUCGAUUUCGUAAACAAGUGCAAUUUCCCAGGUAGCAAUUUCUAUGAGAUUGCUCAACGCCUCCAUAUUCUUCAUAAAGAUGUCGCUAAAAUGUACGCAAACCCACAUGUUAAAGGCUGGGUUUCCGAGUACAACAUCCAGCAUAACUUUGCAAGUCCGCAGCACGUUGAGCAAGGACUCCAAGACUUGGCUAUGCUGCUGUUUGAGGUUCGCAAACUCAAAGUUGAUGCUGAAAAAGUUUUAGCUGAAGUUUAUGAUGAGUAUACAGUGCAUGAAUGGAUAGAGCAAAACCUACUCAAAUUGCUCAAUGAACUCAGCACUUUGCACAAAACAUGUCUGCGUCUUCUGUCCAUAACUCAUUGGCCGCGACGUCCAUUAGAGGUGAGCCACGAAAAAGAACUCUAGUGGCUCACAUAGAUCGGAACAAGUUCUAGUCUUUUUUCAUUUUCCCUUUCCGUAGCUUUACCAUGACUUCAUCUCAAAAUAAUUUCACCAAAGAAUUGGAUAGCAUCUGCUUCAACUUUUCGGCGAGACGAGCUUUAGCUUACAUCUUGCACCGUGUAAUGAAUUGUUUUAAGGUACUUUAAACUCGGGAAUUAAUGACACCGUGUGACAAUUGUGGCUCAUCUUUAUUAAUUGUUUAGUAAGCGCACAUUUUCAAUUUGAUGAUGACACUAGAUUUUUGCACUCUUUACAAAAUCUUAGUGUACGAGUUACUGCGUUCAUUGAAUAUCUGGCGCGCAAAGUUGUUUAUAGUGUGUGUUAAUUUAUUUUUUCCCCUACGAAAAUAUUGUUAAAUGCUGUAUGUGUGGCAGUUUUUCCAUCUACUUUGGCCAUCAAUAUCUGUUCAGUAACGUGCAUAGAUCUAGUCAGUUUGUAUUAAUUAUUAUCAGUUAUGUUUUGUAUUUGCCUGCAAGUUUUAUUAUCAUAUAGAAUUAUAGAUCAUCAAGCUUUCAACUCAAUCUAGAACUUAGUGUUCGAAAUUAGAGGACGGUGAACGCACUUGGCAAUGAUUUGGAUGAAAUUUUUUAGUCUUCUCAUAUAUAUUUGACUAUUCUAUUUUCACAUAUCUCUUUGUAACCUCGGAUUUUUAUAAUCAUUCUCUUGUAUUUAUGCGUACAAUACUCGAUACUUUAAUCUCACUGCCCAACUGAACUCUUACUUCGAGUAAUUACGUAGUAUGUCUAUCAAUUUCAAAACCUUCACUCUUUUGUUGAGUGCACUCAGGAGGCUUACUGAUAAUUAAUGAACAUCGUGGAGCAAAUGCAUCAUACGAUAGAAUAAUUUCUGGUUCCUAUGUAAGUUGCUCCAGGAAUACAUAUGGACAAGAGAAAAUCUGCCUCAAAACAUUCUCAAUGCGAUGAAAUAUUGCAGCCGAUGU